AUAAUAGAAAAAAAAUAUAUAAAAGCGCACAAACAAAAUAGUUUGUCGUUUAGUUGUAGUAGAUUUUUAUUUAAUUAAGCUUUUAUAAAUAAUAAAUUAAUAACCAAAAAAAUAAGUAAAUAACAAUGACUUCCUUAGUAGCUGAUUACGGAACAUCUUCGGGUUCGGAGAGUGAUUCAGAAGGUGUUAAAAUUAUUCCAAAGGUGGCGAAUGAUGACGAGGAUGAUGAUGACGAUGACGAAGAUGAAGAUGAGGAUGAUAUUACUGAAACUAAUCAGCAUGAUGAUGAUAGCAAUAUUAAAAAUUCAUACAAUAACAAUAAGCUUCCAUUACCGACUCCAGAUUUUAACGCUACGCCCACCUUGAAAACUUCCGUAUUUACAAAUCCGUUCGUCGAAGCUGAAAAAGCCAAAAGCGCUAUCCUAGAAAAGCAUGUCAAGAUGACACCGACACUAGAUGACACCAAGAUGAUAAAUGGCCGUAAAAUUUGCUGGAAUUACCGUAAAGGUCGGUGCCGCUUCGGGCAUAACUGCACUUUUGCUCAUGAUUCGGAUCUCCAUCGCAGUGCUGCUGAACUAGAAGCCAUUCGUACACCUCAGGAGACUGUUAUUUGUCAAACUCACUUCAAUAAUCAAAAAAUUUAUUAUCUUAAUAGUGAUCAUGAUGAUAAUAGUAAAGAUAAUGAUAAUGAUGAUGAUGAAAUAGACCAAGAGAAUAAUCAAAUGGUUAAACGCAAAAAGAGACCUGGGUUAAGCCAGAGUCUUAUUCCGGGUAAAAAGGUUUUGAAAAUGUAUAAAGCCCAACAAACUAAAGCUGUUGGUAGAUAAAAUAUUUUUUAUUUUAUUAGGAGAAAGUUCGCUUGAUUAAUUUCUAAACUAAAAUUAUUUA